AUGUACACUCGGUUCUUACCCUCUAAGAGUUUCGUUGCUUUGGUGAUCGACUUUGUGAUGGCAAUUUCAGUCGAUGAACCCUAUUAUCGAAGCCAUAGCAGUGGAGACAGCUGGUUUAAGUCAAUGUCUAGCUUCAACUUGGUGAAGCUAUUAAAGGGUCCUGCCCCCAUAGGCAUCUUUGUGAUAGGCUCUUUAGAGUAUUGCAUCAAACCGAAUCCUGGAAGUGUUCCCCGUCCAAACUCUAUGCUUUCACCCCUUCCUCCUGAACGUGCUGAUUAUGAUCGUGGGGCAACGGUUGAUAUUCCUCUUGAUAGUUCCAAGGAUUUGAGAAUGAAGAAGGAACUCCAAGCUAAAGAGGCAGAACUAAAGAGGAGAGAACAGAAAUUUCAUAGGGAUCUCCCUUUAACUCCGGUAUUUGCCUAUGGUACAUCCAAGAACACCGCAACAAUUCCUGGUCCAACGAUUGAGGCCAUCAAUGGUGUUGACACUUAUGUGACGUGGCAAAAUCAUCUCCCUUCAAAGCACAUACUACCUUGGGACCCGACUAUCCCAACUGCAAUACCGUCCACCAAGAAGGGUAUUCCUACGGUGGUGCACCUCCAUGGUGCCAUUGGUGAGGCCGAGAGUGAUGGACACGCGGAAUCAUGGUUCACCGUUGGAUUCAAAGAACGAGGGCGGACUUGGAGCAAGAAAAUGUACCAUUAUCACAACUUUCAACAACCGGGAACAAUGUGGUAUCAUGAUCAUGCCAUGGGACUGACUAGAGUCAACAUUUUAGCUGGUUUGAGUGGGGCCUACAUAAUUCGCCAACCCAAUGUCGAGGCACCACUUGGCUUACCCCAUGGCGAUGAAUUUGAACGACCAUUGGUCAUUUUUGAUCGUAGCUUUCGUACAGAUGGUUCCAUAUAUAUGAAUUCCACAGGAAACAAUCCCUCAAUUCACCCACAGUGGCAGCCUGAAUACUUUGGUGAUGCUGUCAUAGUAAACGGAAAAGCAUGGCCCCACAUGAUCGUGAAGCGUAGAAAGUACCGUUUUCGUAUCAUCAAUGCAAGCAAUGCAAGGUUCUUCAAAUUCUUCUUCACCAACGGUCUAGAUUUCAUCCAUGUGGGGUCCGACUCGGCAUAUCACGAACGGCCCGUGAUAAUCGAUGAGAUCCUCAUGGCCCCGUCUGAGAUAGCCGAUGUGAUCGUUGACUUUUCAAAGUCAAAGUCUGAUUCGGCUAUUCUAGCCAAUGAUGCACCUUAUCCCUUCCCAACUGGAGACCCAGUCAACAAAGCCAAUGGCAAAGUCAUGAAAUUCAUCGUCGAACCACAUCAUGUGAAUGACAAGUCAAGGGUGCCUCAUAAAUUACUAGAAUACCCAUCCCCCGAUGUAUCUAGUGCUUCGCUCACACGGUACAUCGCUAUGUACGAGUAUACCAGCCCCACCGGUGAGCCUACGCAUUUGUAUCUAAACGGAAUGUCAUUCGAAAAACCAGUGACCGAGACACCGAAG